CUCUUAAAUUAUUUUACUAAGUACGCGAGUAUGUUGUUCGUGAAAAAAAUGACAUGUACUUUUUAAAUUAUUGUUAAUAUUAGAAAUUUUCCAAUACCAUAAUAAAACAUUUAUGUAAUUUCACCAAAGUACAAAUGUCUGCAUUAACAGGUGAUAAAAGCAAUCUGAAAAAUGGCUCAAAAGCAAUAAAAGAAGAAUUUGAUCCCAUUGAACAUCAACAUAUCCGAUAUAAUCCCUUGAAGGGAGAAUGGGUACUAGUAUCACCACAUCGCAUGAAACGACCAUGGGGAGGGCAGACCGAAUCAAAUAUAGAAGAAGAUCUCCCAGACUAUGAUCCUGAUAAUCCACUUUGUCCAGGCAACAUAAGGGCUAGUGGUCAAAUAACUCCAAUAUAUGAAAAUACAUAUUCAUUUGUCAAUGAUUUUCCUGCAUUAUUGGAAUCAGUUCCUAGCCCAUCAAAAUCAGAAGAUGAAUUAUUUCAGAUGGAUACUGCUAAAGAAAUUAAGCAAGUGGUAAAACGCUGGAUUUUUGAAAUGCUUGAAUUGGGAGAAAAGUGGACUUGGGUACAAAUUUUUGAAAAUCGUGGUGCUUUAAUGGGAUGUAGCAAUACACACCCUCACUGUCAAAUUUGGGCUAGCUCGUUCUUACCAAAUGAAGCUAAAAUAAAAGAUAGAUUUCUCAGUGAUUAUUAUAAUCGUAAUAAAAAACCACUUCUUAUAGAUUACGUGCAGAAAGAGCUUUUCAAAAAGGAACGUAUUGUAUUGGAAAAUCGAGAUUGGGUAGUUUUAGUACCAUUUUGGGCAGUAUGGCCAUAUGAAACUAUGGUAUUACCUAAGAAACAAGUUUCUAGGAUGCAGGAUUUAACAGAAAGUGAACAAGAAUCACUAGCAGUAAUUAUGAAAAGAUUAUGUACCAGAUAUGAUAACUUAUUCCAUUGUUCUUUUCCCUAUUCUAUGGGCUGGCAUGGUGCACCAACUGGUCCAUAUGUAAAACAAGAUUAUCCUUACUGGACUUUUCAUGGAAUUUAUUUACCUCCUUUGUUGCGUUCAGCAACUGUAAAGAAACAUAUGGUUGGCUAUGAACUUCUUGCACAAGCACAAAGAGACUUAACACCAGAACAAGCAGCAGAAAAAUUAAGAAAUUCAUCAGAUUUUCAUUAUAAACAUCCAGAAACAAGUUUAACUAGUUGUGAAAUAGAAAAAUAUUAUAAAUGA